AUGCUACUUGCUAUCAUAUUUGUUUUGUUUUUAGGGAAGUUGUUAGAAACAAAGUGUCCUCAUUUGUAUUGGACUCCUUGUGCUGCUCAUUGCCUAGAUUUGAUGCUAGAAGAUAUUGGAAAAAUUCCCAAAAUUCAUAACACAAUUAAAAGGGCAGUGACAUUGAAUGGAUAUAUUUACAUUCGUCCAGGUGUGGUGAACAUGUUGUGGCACUUUACUGGUGAAAGAGAGCUAAUUAGGCCAGUUGUCACAAGAUUUGCAACUGCUUUUCUCACCCUUCAACGUAUACAUAAGCACAAGGCGAAUUUGAGAAAGAUGUUUACCUCAGAGGAAUGGACCAAAAGUAAGUGGGCAAAAGAACUGUCUGGUAAAAAAGUAUACAGUAUUGUCAUGAUGCCUACUUUUUGGACUAAUAUUGUUUAUAUCUUAAAGAUAUUUGGUUCAUUAGUUCGUGUGCUUAGAUUAGUUGAUGGUGAGAAAAUGCCUAUAAUGGGAUAUAUUUAUGAGGCGAUGGAUAGGGCUAAAGAAGCAAUUGCAAAGUCAUUUGAUGAAAAUGAAGAAAAAUAUAUGACAAUUUUUGAGAUUAUUGAUAAACGAUGGGAAAGCCAACUCCAUCGACCUUUGCACGCAGCUGGAUAUUAUUUGAAUCCUGAAUUUUUUUAUUCAAAUGAGAAAAUUAAUGAAGAUGUUGAGGUUGUUACCGGUUUAUACCAAGUUGUAGCAAGGUUGAUUCCAAGCAAAGAAGAGGAAGACAAAAUAAUAGCACAAUUACCUUUUUAUCAAAAUGCUGAAGAUAUCUUUGGGAUGGAUAUGGCAAUUAGGAAUAGAAAGAAAGUAUCUCCAGCUACAUGGUGGCUAACUUAUGGAGCAACAACUCCAAAUUUGAGAAAUUUUGCUGUUAAAGUGCUUAGCCUCACUUGUAGUGCAUCUGGUUGUGAGCGUAAUUGGAGCAUCUUUGAGCAUAUUCACAGUAAAAAAAGAAAUAGACUAGCUCAAAAUCGCUUGAAUGAUUUGGUGUUUGUCAAGUACAUUCGGUCAUUAAAGCGUAGAUAUGAUGCACGUGACCGCAUUGACCCCAUCUCAUUGAAAGACAUUGAUGAUAGUAAUGAAUGGUUGAUGGGUCAAAUGGAGGAAGAGAUGGACAGAGAUAAACUUGUUUUUGAAGAUGAUGAUUUGACAUGGAAUGUGGUUGCUGCAACUACUGGAGCUGAAGAGAAUGCUUACAACACUAGAUUAAGCAAAGGGAAAAAUGUUGCAUCUACAUCACAGCAAAAAAGAAAAGCAUCAUCCACUCGUACUUCUUCACUUCUUGAAGACGAGGAAGAAAAUGAUGAUGAUGAAGAUGUUAAUUUGGAAGAUGAGUAUGAGGAGGAUAAUGAAGAUGAUGAAGAAGAUGAAGAGGAUUUUGAUAUUUCUAUUGAUGUGGAUUGAACAUUUAGUAGUUUACUAGUUUAUUAAACUUUAAUUUUUAGUAGUUUAUUUUUAUCUCUUUUGGAUUAUAAACUAAUUAUUUCUUGCAUAUUUGUUAGUUAUUAUUAUAUAGUUUUAUGUUA